AUGGCGGAGCCGUCGGUGACGAUUCACGUGAGUUUGCCCAGUGGACGUGCAGAAGUGAUCUCGGUGGCGGCGUCUUCCAAGGUCGCGGACCUGAAGGUGGCCGCGCAGCGGAGCUUGCAGGAGGGCUUCUUAGGCCUCGUUGGCCCGGAUGGGCACCGCCUGGAUCCCGCCGACUCCCUGGAGGCCGUCGGGCUCCGCGACGGCGACCACGUGAGCGCGGUGGUGCAAUCCGUGCAAGUGGUGGCGGGAGAACGGGCCUUUUGCUUCUGGUGCAGAGGAUCCAACCACGUGGUGUCCUGGGGCUUUGUGACUGAAGGUAUGGAUGCAGGGGUGCGAGCUCGACUCAGGAACGUCCAGACGAUCUCCGCCAGUGCGGGCGCCUUUGCGGCGGUCUUGGGCGAUGGAUCUCUGGUGGUCUGGGGAGAUCCCCACCAGGGGGGCGACCGGGCUUUGGAGCUCACCGACGUGAGGGAGGUGGUGGGUGCGCAGAAGGCGUUUGCAGCGAUUCUGAACGAUGGCCGAGCGGUGGCCUGGGGUGAGCCGGAAGAAGGCGGUGACGCGAGCGAGGUGAAGGAGCAGUUGCGAAACGUCCGCAGCCUCAGCGCGACGCACCGAGCCUUCGCAGCACUGCUGGAGGAUGGCAGCGUGGUUUGUUGGGGCGAUAGCUACAACGGCGGCAGCUGCGAGACCGAGCAGGAGUUCCUCACCAACGUGACCUCGAUCAGUGCCUCGGCCUCGGCCUUCGCAGCUGUGCGGCACGACGGCAGCGUCGUGACCUGGGGAGAUCAGGAUUCCGGGGGUGACAGCAGCGAGGUCCAGCCGCUACGGGAGGUGGUGGAGAUUUGUGCGACCAACUUCGCCUUCUGCGCGCGCUUGGCCGACGGAGGGGUGAACGUGUGGGGCGAGCCACUGGCAGGUGCUGAGAUCACCCAGGUGAAGGAUCAGCUCUUUGGCGUUCAGAAGAUCUACUCCACGCGCUUCGGCGCCUUUGCCGCGCUCCGGGAGGAUGGCCACGUGGUCACCUGGGGCCAUCCAGACUCUGGGGGUGAUAGCAGCAGUGUGAAAGCGCAGCUCUGGAAUGUGAAAGAGGUCCAUUCCACGGCCAAGGCCUUUGCGGCCAUCACCCAUGCCGGCGGAGUGAUCACCUGGGGCGAUCCACACUAUGGUGGGGACAGCGAGGCAGUUCAGGAUCAGCUCAAGGAUGUGGAAGAGCUCUAUGGUACCAACUUCGCCUUCGCGGCGAUCCGCCGGGAUGGCCGGAUCCUCGCGUGGGGUGCCGUCGGCGCAGGAGGCGACAUGAGCGAGGCGGAGAAGCAGCUUCCCUAUCUGUGA